AUGUCAUCAUUAGCAGCUCCUUAUCGGAUCGGUGUCGACGUCGGCGGCACCAAUACGGAUAGCGUCAUAUUGGAUGUUCGUGCAACGAAUGAAGCAAAUCGCGGGGUGAUUGCUCAACAUAAAACACCAACUACAAGUCCCAAUGUUACUGAUGGGAUAGAAACUGCCGUUCUCAAUGUCCGUGAGCAGUCCAAGGUACCGAGAGAUCAAAUUGCCUGCCUAACCAUUGGAACAACGCAUUUUAUCAAUGCCAUAGUGGAACACGAUGCUCGACGCCUAUCAAAAGUGGCCAUCAUCCGGCUUUCCAAGAGUUUCACGAGAGAGGUACCCCCCUUUUCAGACUUCCCUCCAGUUCUCAAGUCAAUUAUGAACGGCUAUUACACCUACGUUGACGGUGGGCUCACUAUUGAUGGAGCAGCAGAAUCACCUAUAAAUGAAACUCAGGUGGUCAAAGAAUGUGCCAAAAUUAAAGAAUUAGGGUUAGACGCAGUCGUCAUCUCUGGUGUAUUCUCUCCAGUCGACAAGCAUUUUUUCCAAGAAGACAAUGUUCGAAAGAUUAUUCAAAGAGAGCUGCCUGGAGUUGAUAUUGUUUGCUCUUCUGAAGUCUCCCAGAUUGGAUUCCUUGAGCGUGAGAACGCAUCUAUUCUCAAUGCCUCUAUCCUCAGGUUUGCACGGCGCACCAUCCGAGGCUUUAAGUCAGCAAUGAAACGCUUAAGCCUGAACUGUCCUCUAUACCUUACUCAGAACGACGGAACUUUGAUUGACGCUCCUUCUGCUUCAAGACUUCCAAUCCGUACUUUUUCCUCUGGACCAACCAAUUCUAUGAGAGGAGCUGCAUAUUUAGGACUUAGCGGGCCGGAUGAUACCGGAAAUGACCGUACGGCAACGAUUGUCGUUGAUAUUGGUGGUACUACCACGGACGUUGGAGUAUUACUCCCGUCUGGAUUCCCGCGCCAGGCUUCUGCGUAUGUCGAAGUAGCUGGCGUGAAGAUCAAUUUCGGCAUGCCCCAUGUCGAAUCCAUUGGCCUCGGGGGUGGUUCCAUAGUCCGUCACAAAGGAGCUAACACUACCAUCGGACCUGAUUCUGUCGGCCAUUAUCUCAGCACCAAAGGCACCGUAUUCGGAGGAGACACACUUACAGCAACAGAUAUUGCUGUGGCUGCUGGAGCCAAGAUUGGCAACCCCGACUUGGUCAAGGAUUUGGACAAGGAACUGGUUUCCGCUGCGCAGGCAAGAGUGAAAACUAUGCUGGAAACAGUUAUUGACCAAAUGAAAACUUCGCCAGCCCCUUUACCUGUACUGCUAGUCGGAGGCGGCUCAGUUUUGGCUCCAGCGGAACUCGAUGGCGUGUCAAAGGUCAUAUUUCCCCCAUUUCAUUCCGUUGCAAAUGCAGUCGGCGCUGCCAUGUCCAAGGUUGGCGGCACAGUUGACUCUAUUGAGAGUACGGCCGAAAAGACGGUAGCAGAAGUUGUUGAUGAAGCCAAAGCCAGGGCGAUUGAAAAAGCGGUUGCCUCUGGUGCCAUCAGAGAGACAGUAUACCUGGCCGAGGUUGAUUCGAUGCCUCUUCAAUACGUCGCAAACCAAGUGCGCGUUAUUGCGCGAGCUGUUGGUGAGCUGUCGCCUGAAGGUGUCCUAACCCUCGACAACAUACGAAAUGGUGGAGAUGAUGACGAAGGAGAUGAUACAAUAUAUAACGAGGUUCCUAAGCAGAAUAUUGAGACAGAAGAGUUCAGCGCCAACACAGUAGAUGUUGCAACCUACCGCCCAAAAGUCGUGAAAAACCCUCAAACAGGGAUCGACGAAUGGAUUGUUUCCGAAACAGACGUUGCCUGGCUUGCUGAUGGGUGUUACGUCCUGGGAUGUGCUGGUGGAGGCUCGCCUUUCAGUGAACACAUCCGAAUUCGCGAUCAGAUACGGCAAGGACACAUUAUACGUAUCAUUGACCCAUAUUCUGUAAAAAAGGAUGCUGUGAUAUAUUGUAAGUUGAGUCAAUUGCGUUCACGAUUUGAUUUUGAUAGUACUGAUGCCAGUGAAAGGGGGCGGUCACAUGGGUUCUCCAGCUGUCUCUGUAGAACGACAAGCAAACAACGAGACCGAACAAUCCAUCCAUGCCCUUAUGGAGUAUCUCAAACAUGGCAGCUUUGA